AUUGAUUCAACUACAUACUGACAUGCCACAAUCCCUACAUUGUAAACAAAGGAGUGUAAAUAAGGAAGUACCUGUACGUGCAUAUACUUCCCUGUGUGUGUUCACUCGCGGAAACUUCCCCGUUGAUUAGUGGAUUUGGUACCGCGCUUUCAAAAAAGCAUCAAAAACUACAUGCGGAAUGCAUAGAAACCUUGACGACGAGCCUGUCAUGAUACACGCCAAGUGAAUUUUCACCUCUCUGUUUCUACUACCGUAUAGUUAGUUUUUUCCGUAAUGAUUUUCUGGCACUAUUUGAAGUGUGGAAGGAUACGCUGCUCAUACAGACAGUGCAUAAGUUUGCGGAAGUGAAACUCUGAACACGGAAAAGGAACACAGCAAUCAGCAAAUUUGGCAAACAGGUUCCCAGUAACCCACACACCAAAAGGAUUUAUCCUCGGACCUCCAGGAUGUUGUGUUUUCAACUCAGCCUUGCUUUGUUCUCCAUGCUUGGAGGUAUAGCGACGUAGUUCAACACAACGGUGUUUGUUCCCGAACACGCCCCGGUAGGAACAGUCGUUGCUCGUCACAAAGUUUCCCAGCAGUUGUCAAGGACAUACAGAAUACUUGAUGGUAAUGACUACGAGCGGUUUGGGAUAGCAGAGAGUCAAGGUGUUGUCGAAGUCGCUAAGUCAUUGGAUUACCAAAUGCAGUCGACAUAUCAACUGCAUAUAUUAAUAAGCAGCGGACGCAAGUUCACAGAAAACACCUCACUCUGGACCCUGACUGUUCACGUGCUGGACGUGACUGGAUACCCUCCACACUACAACAAAACAUGUGAAACCCCUGAAAGGUUUUCCGGCCUACCUAGAUUGGUAGAGUUCACUGACUAUUUCUUUAACGCCUCAUCAAGCGGUGGGUUUAAGUUUAGCGACGCGGGUACUAUUGUAAAUGCGUCAAAAAGUACAGUAUACUUUGGCGUGGCAAACGACAUUUGCGAAGUAAAUGUGACACUCGGAUUCAAACAUGUCCAAGAUGUAGCAACUUUUCAUAAAUUGUUCAAUUCUGGCUACAUGAAUCUGACGCAGUACUUUGUGGGAGGAGACAACAAGAUGUCAGCGAUUCUGAUUGACAGAACUAUAACUAGAGAUGGUCCUGAGUACCAACAAUUCGUGCCACCUAUGGUAUUUUCCGAACUUGUUGCUUCUAAAGGUUUGGAUCCUGCGUGGAUUGAUGACCAACGAUACAGAUUCUUUCUUCUCAUCAGCCUUGGCGUAAUUAAAACGGCUUCGCCUGUUAUACAAAGGAUUGUACUAACGAACGUUAUCAGUAAACGUCUACACGAAAACUUAAAUAUUACAGCCCAAAUAACUGUCAAACUUGCUGGUUGUCCACAGGGCAAAUACGGCGCAUAUUGUGACAAAAACUGCACAUGUAAGAACGAGGCCCGGUGUCACGGCUUCAACGGAGCCUGUCUGUGUGCCCCUGGUUGGAAGGGUGUGGUAUGCGAUAUACCGACCCCAGCAGUCGCUAUUGACGUCCGGCCUAAAGGAAACCUGUAUAUAACUGGGAAUGUUUCCCUACAAUGCCGUCCUGUCCAUGUCAAUAUCUCGUCUAUGACGGUGGUGGUUUCGGUCAUCUCGCAACAACAGUUCCAAAGUUUUUAUCCAAACUUCCCGUAACUUUUCCAUCAGCCCGAUUCUACCCGAGAAUAACGGCGUGUACACGUGUGAAGCCACCACAUCUGAUGGACAGACACUGGAGAGAAACUACGUCUUAGAUGUGAUGGAAUGUCCUCCCGGUCUUCACGAGGAGCGCUGUGACAGGCCGUGCGAAUGUCUACAUAACGUUGGUUGUGACCGUUGGGCGGGGUGUGUAUGUGAGGCCGGUUGGACAGGCCCUACCUGUGACAUCUCCUGCCCCUCAGGAAAAUUCGGAACAAACUGCGAACAACCAUGCGAGUGUGAAGAUGGCGCGGAGUGUAGCCCUUUCAAUGGUACUUGCUUCUGUCCGUCGGACCUGACCGGAGAGUACUGCGAGGUGGAAAGAUUAAGUCUAGUUCACACGUCUCGCAAGACUACAAUGUUUUUGGCCUUCCUCGUUUUUAUCCCUCCUGUGGUUAUAUUACUUGCGUGCAUAUGGAAACGCAGGAAGUCAGCGCAGAAAAAGCACGAGGAACUACAGCUUGUUGAUUUUAGUCUGGAAUCGAACUUGGCAGAAGCGCUGGUACCAUGGGAACGAGACCCAAAGCACCUGAGCCUUGGUGAGUUGGUCACGCUGGGGACAUUCGGACAUGUUGUAGAAGGAACCUUACAACUUCCCGGAGAACAAGCGGUACGGGUAGCCGUCAAAACGGUUGAUAUAAAGGUCAACCAAGGUCACGUCCAUGAGGACUUCGAUCGCGAGAUGAACACACUGGUCCAUCUUUUCGACGAAUCUUUACACACACAGGGAGAUGAAAAACGUAUGCACCCAAAUAUCAUCCAGUUGCUCGGCGUAGUUACCCUGUCUGACCCCAAGAGGAUAGUGCUAGAAUUUGCCCCUCAUGGAGACCUUCAGACGUACCUGGCCAGCUGCAGACUUCGAGACGACAUGGACGCAGUGGACUGGGCAACUUUGCUCCGCAUCGCCGUCGAUGUGGCUAAGGCUCUACAGGAGUUGGAGAGAGUCAGGAUUGUCCAUCGCGACGUGGCCGCCCGGAACGUAGUCAUCACGAACGGAAUUGUCGCGAAGCUGGCAGACUUCGGUUUAGCCCGAGACGUAUACACCAACACUGUGUACGAGCGCACCAAUCACCACGGGCGAGACGAGUUACUCCCGCUGAAGUGGAUGGCGCUGGAGUCUCUCCGGUAUGGGGUGUACACCUGUCAGAGUGACGUGUGGUCGUUUGGUGUCAUGUUGUGGGAGAUUGCCAGUCUAGGAGAGGAGCCGCGCUACCCUGGGCCUUUCCGACCGGACUGCUGUCAGAUGGUGAACAUGCUGAGACGAGGAGUCCGCAUGGAGAAGCCUGAAGAAUGCUCCGCUGACCUGUACAGACUGAUGUGUCAGUGCUGGCGUGAUGUUCGUGACCACAGACCGACUGCUGCUCAACUCGAGGAAAGACUUGUGGAUCAAGUUGAGAAAAUUGAAGACGGUGCUGUUGACUGUAUGACAGUGUAGGAAACUUUCUGAUGCUGAUUGCAAUAUAGUUGACUGUUCUUAUGCGGAAUAUUUUUAAGAAAAGCACUGUACACUAGUAUAACAUACAAACGUAUAAACAAUCGUUGUCACUGGUGAUGGAAUGGAAACCGGAGCCCAGGGAGAUGACGUGAAAACCCGACAUUCUUAGGUAAAGAGUGUAAGAUUAAAGCGUGUUGAUAUCGCACAGGUAACUACUCACUUGUUGUAGAACAAUCAAGGAAAUUAAAGCAGAUGAUAUACAAGGUGUACUUUUUUUGGAAGUUUUAUUUUUCUCAAGAAGACAUUGGAGUAAAGAAACACUUUUGAGGAUAUUAGCUCGAAGCUAUUUAACCACAUCAACAUUAAAAGUUUCUUUCUAUUUCAUUACUUGCAAUGGCUUAAAACAAGCAGGAUGUUCAACGGCAACACGGUAGUAUGACUUGAUCUUCACCGCGGCGGUCUUGACCGUUAUCGUGACAUGUUUGAAAAUGACAUUCCUUUGUAGGGUUGACAACUAUAGUGAGUAAGAGCACUUCAGAUCUGUUUACACUGCUAUUUUCGAUUAAUUCUUUUGGGGCACAAAAUAUUGUUUAUAUUUAGAAUAA